GCGUUUCAUUUCAAAUAUAAAUGUAAUCCCAAAGAUGAAAAAUUAAAUCAUUUGGAGGACGUCUACACUAAACAAGUGGGGCAGGACUCAGAAUCGCAAGGGCCAUGUCAGAAUUCAGUUAUCUUUGUACUCCACGGACCACUCCAUACAAGUACAAAACAAUCACAGAAAUAUUUGACGAAAUCACAACAUCAUUUCCUGAUCAAGAGAUUCUCAUUUAUCGAGGUCUUGAUGGAACCCGGAGAAGUUUGACUUGUCGUCAACUUCAGACGCACGCGACAACGUUAGCAGGCUAUAUCAUCAGGAAAGGAAUUAAGAAGGGAGAUAGAAUUGCUCUCUCUGGACCCAACACCCUAGAAUGGGUGAUUGCAGAAUUAGCCAUAAUCAUGGCGGGUGGUAUUGUUGUUCAUGUGCCCUUCAGCAUCACCGACACCAGAGACGUUUACGAAAUAGUUUCAAUUGCUGACUGCAAGGCCUUUUUCAUUGAUCCUGGCAAAGAAGAUGAAUAUUUAGAUAUGCUUUUAAAACUUAAUGCCCAUAUAGUGGAUCACUUGAAUGUUUCAGUUUUAGUUUUUCUCAGAAAGAGCGAGUAUCUAACAUCUUAUGAUGAUAUCAACUGAGUAUUGCAGAUGGAAGGGGAAAACGAAGUUGAAUUUCCUACACUUUACCCUGAGGAUGAAAUUGUGAUUUUCACGACGUCUGGAAGCACGGGAAAGCCUAAAAUGAUCUCUAAAACACACUCUCAGACAACCAACUAUGAUAUGCUGCCAUCUGGAAAAACAUACAAUGAUCGACCAUUUGCUUGGAUUGCAGGAUCUCCAACUUUAACAGUGUAUCAAGGAGUUCCGAGAGUAUUCUGCGAUUCAUCAAUUGCCCUAGAAGGACAUAACACUAUGAAAAUAUGGAAAGUAAUAAAAGAAGAACAAUGCGCAUGGGCAAUAUUAUUACCUUAUUUUCUUUCAGAUCUGGUGGCCCAAGAAGAAAAUUACAAAGAUUUGUUCAUGCUUGAUGUAAUUUAUACAGGUGGACAACCGGUUGACAACAUCCACGCAAAGGUCGUUGGCGUAUUUACCAAAUCUCUUGGAGUCAUAUACGGAUCAACCGAGGAAAUAUUUAUAUCUAUACUUUCGCCGAUUACUACUGUUGCUGAAAUGAAAGGUGGUGACGUAGGUAAACCUAUACCAGGCAUAGAAGUGAAAAUCAUUGAUGGAAAUGGAAAUGUUUUGAGAAAACCUGAAAAUGGGGAGCUUUGCAUACGAAGCAUGUAUGGUUUUGAGAAAUACUACGGGAACACUGGCUUAACUGACAGAGCCCUUUUGGGUGGUAAGUGGCUUCUUUCUGGCGACAUUGCGCACAUAAAUGAAGACAAUCAUAUUAUGUUGAAAGGGCGUAUGAAGGACCAAAUAUUUAGAGGUACAAGGAAAAUUAUGCCAAACAGCAUCGAAGAAGUCAUUAUAACAAAAAUUGGUAUACAAAAUGUGAUCGUCGUUGGUGUACCCGACAAGCGUCUAUACGAAGAAAUAUGCGUUUGUUAUGUCACGGACCCAGAACAUGACAUUUCCCCAAGUGAUGUAAAACAAUUUUGCCUGGAAAAGUUUCUUGGGCAUGAUGCUAUUGAUGGUCUUGGAGAAAUGCCAAAGUAUUUUAUCCGAUUCCAGAAACUAUCGACGCUUCCUAAUGGGAAGAUCAACAGAAGACAAUUGAGAAUGGAUUCCAUACAACAACUAAAGCUUGCUGAUCAAAUGGAAGGUUAACACUUGAUAUCAAAUAGUACUAAGCAAAGUAGAAUCGAGUAGUAUUAAACACUUUUUAUCCAAUGACCCAGGUACGCAUGUUUACUCCAGAUGAAACAAAUCAAGUGCAUUCUACUACAUUGGCUGAGAGAUAAGUUUGAGAAGGCGACAAUUUCCCGUUAUGUUGGAUGCGUUGCGUGUGAUUUCCAUAUGACUAGGACUGACUUUAAUAUGUGACAGCGUCUUGAAAAUUGCAAACUUUAUACUGCCCAGCUAUAAAAUUGAUUAAAUAAAAUCGUUUGUAUGUA